UAUUUACAGUUGGAGCUCCUGGGCUCAGCAUCACAGCUCUAGUCCCAGGCUCCGGAGAUUCAGCGGGCUGGGGGGUUACCAAGUCUCCUCCCUCCUGCUCUCCCACCGGCUCUUCCCUUCCCCAGCUCAGAGGUCCCUGCUGGACUAGACCCUUGGCUUUUCCUCUGACUUCUGUACCUGCUACGGGCCUCCUCGCUGGAUUCAGCAUCUUGGUGGCGAGAGGUCCGGCAUGUGGGUACCAGGUCUGCACACGCUGCAGCUGCUGCUUCUGCUGGGCGUUUCGUGGGCGCGGGCGGGCGCCCCGCGCUGCACCUACACCUUCGUGUUACCCCAGCAGAAGUUCACAGGCGCAGUGUGUUGGAGCGGACCGACUGUGGCGCGCCCAGCGCCGGAGGCCGUGAAUGCCAGCGAAGUUGCAGCGCUGCGCGUGCGUGUAGGCCGCCACGAGGAGCUGCUGCAGGAACUCCAGCGGUUGGCGGCGGCUGACGGCGCAGUGGCCGGCGAGGUGCGCGCGCUGCGCAAGGAGAGCCGCAGCCUGAGCACGCGCCUAGGCCAGCUGCAGACGCAGCUGCAACACGAGGCGGGCCCGGGGGAGUGGCCAGGUCCGAGGGCCGAGCCCGCUGCUGCGCUGGAACUGCUCGGGGAGCGCGUGCUCAACGCGUCGGCCGAAGCACAGCGAGCAGCCAUCCGCUUUCAUCAGCUGGAUGUCAAGUUCCGAGAGCUGGCGCAGCUAGUUAGCCGUCAGAGUAGCCUUAUUGCCCGUCUGGAGCGCCUGUGUCCGGGCGGCGCGGGCGGGCAACAGCAGGUUUUGCCACCGCCCCUGGUGCCUGUGGUUCCAGUCAGUCUGGUGGGUAGCACCAAUGACACCAGCAGCUUAGACCCAGCUCCAGAGUCCCAGAGAGACCAGAUCCUGAGGCAGCAGGGUCCCUCGGCCUCCCCCGUGCCUGCAGGGCAUCCUGCUCUCCCUACCAAGCCAAUGGGCCCAUGGCAAGAUUGUGCAGAGGCGCACCAGGCAGGCCAUGGGCAGAGCGGAGUGUAUGAACUGCGACUGGGCCGGCGUAUGGUGUCAGCUUGGUGUGAGCAACAGCUGGAGGGUGGAGGCUGGACUGUGAUUCAGAGGCGGCAAGAUGGCUCAGUCAACUUCUUCACUACCUGGCAGGACUACAAGGUGGGCUUUGGGCAGCCUGAUGGGGAAUACUGGCUAGGCCUUGAACCAGUACAUCAGCUGACCAGCCACAGGGACCAUGAGCUACUGGUGCUCCUGGAGGACUGGGGGGGCCGUGGUGCCCGUGCCCACUAUGAUGGUUUCUCCCUGGAGCCUGAGAGGGACCACUACCGCCUACGGCUUGGCCAGUACCAUGGAGAUGCUGGAGACUCUCUUUCCUGGCACAGUGAUAAGCCUUUCAGCACCGUGGAUAGGGACCGAGAUUCCUAUUCUGGUAACUGCGCCCUGUACCAUCGGGGAGGCUGGUGGUACCAUGCCUGUGCCCACUCCAACCUCAAUGGUGUGUGGCACCGUGGUGGCCACUACCGUAACCGCUACCAGGAUGGCGUCUAUUGGGCUGAGUUUCGUGGAGGGGCUUACUCUCUCAAGAAGGCUGCCAUGCUGAUCCGGCCCCUGAGUUUGUGA